CUUACGCCAUUCCAAGAGAGAGCAAAAAACCAGAAAACCCGAUGAUUCUCCUUCUUCUCUCCACAAAUUCCAGUAGAAACAUCCAAAACAAUGCAAAUAAAGUAAAUUCUACCUUCUUCUCCUAAAAAUAUCAGAGAAUUUGAAGAUGGCAGCUUAGAAUUUUCUUCAUAAUCUCGAAUAGUAAAUCUCCAUCUACUAUUUUUGUUUUGAUUUCGCUGCCCACUUGGGUAGUUUCCAAACAUGGAAAAUCAAGAUUCUUCUAGUGAUGAUGAGCUGCCAUUGAAUCACACUGGAGAUGAGGAAGAGUUUAGAAGUUGCUGUGGUGAUGAAGAAGUUUGGUUAAAGGAUAGUGAUGAUACAGCUAAAGUUGCAGAGGAGGAGAAAAAAGAUGAACCUAUUGAUGAGUUCUCUGUUAAGAUGUUUUUUAAGGGAGUUUCGAUAUCCGAAAGAGGAGAUUCGGGUUCUGGUUAUUCGGGAAUUGGUGUUGUGUUGGAGAGACCAGGAGAUUUUGAGUUGAUUCAAGUGCAGAAAAAGUUGGAAUUUUGUGUUGAAGAGUCUGUAGCUAACUAUUUAGCUUUAUUGGAUGGUCUUGCAGUAGCUUCACAGAACAAUCUCCGCUCUGUGGUUGCUGUAACAGACUCCGAGUUGCUCUAUAAUCAGAUAACUCGUGAGGAGAAGCUCGAGAUCCCACUUUUGGUUGCACUGAGAGAAAGGGUAUUGGAGGAAACAAGUAAUCUUGAUGGGUUUGUUCUAAAGCUUGCUCCUUCCCAUGAUCUUGAUCAAGCUCGAAGCUUGGCUGAAGUAGCGGUAGGAAUCGUUUCUUUUAAUCUCGAUGUGGAUAAAUUAGCUGAGAACUGCUCGAUCUGUUGUGAAGACCGUCAAUCUGAGAUGAUGUUAACACUGAAAUGCACUCACAAAUUCUGUUCGCAUUGCAUGAAAACAUACGUCGAAGGGAAAGUAGAGUCUUCAGAAGUUCCCAUCAGGUGUCCUCAAGUGCAGUGCAAGCAUUAUCUCUCAGCCACGGAGUGCAAAUCGUUUCUUCCCGUUGCUUCUUUUAUAUCAUUCGAGGAAGCAAAUGUGCGUAGUAAGAACAGUAGCAAGAUUUACUGUCCAUAUCCCAAUUGCUCUUUUCUGUUAGACCCACUUGAAUGUCUAUCAGCGGGAAGUGCAAGCUCGUCUAGUCAGUCAGAGAAUAGCUGUUGUGUGGAGUGUCCUGUCUGUGAGAGGUUUGUGUGUGUGGACUGUGGUGUUCCUUGGCAUGCUUCUAUGAGCUGUGAAGAGUUUCAGAUUCUCCCUGUUGAUGAAAGAUAUCCAGAUGACAUUACAUUGCAUCGCUUAGCUAGGUAUAAGAGGUGGAGACGGUGUCAGCAAUGCCGUAUAAUGAUUGAGCUUGCUCAAGGUUGCAACCACAUGACUUGCAGGUGUGGGCACGAGUUUUGCUACUGUUGUGGAGCAGAGUACAGAGAAGGGCAACAGUCUUGCACUUGCGCUUUUUGGGACGAUGACGAAGAAGAUCAAGAAAACUCAGAGUCGGAAAACAUAAGCCAAGAAGUUGAGCAAUGGCCUUGGGACACAUUUAGCUCAAUUCCAACUGUAAUGGACGCUUACUCUGAGCAAGAAAGAUCUCAGCUUGCUCUGAUCCAACGGUUCUUAGCGGGUGGAGGGUUUAGUCUUAGUGAUCACCAUACUUCUUAUCAGUCGCCACCGCCUCCAUCUACAGAGUCAUCUUAUGUUGAAGCCGCCAUGAAAGAUCUUCAUCAGCUUCCUUGGCUUGAGAGGUUUGUGUCUGUUAUAAGUGAUGAUUACUAUGAAGAGUUUACUAGGAUUAAUGGCCAGUGAAAGGGGUGUAAUGGUAAUUUACAACUUUGAGGACUUGGCUUGCUUUGGUUAGGUUCGGAGAGGUCGAUAACGAGAGUCUCUCGCUCUCGAAAAAAAAUUGUUGGUGUUGUAAGAUUCUUGAUGAAUUCAAACAAUGAAUUGUGAUUAAACUAUUUGCAGUUAUAAAAAGAAGAGUUUGAUCGUUU